ACAAGAAAAGUGUCAGGUCUCCAAUGGCAGAGCCACAACCAUACCAACGUCCUCCUCAGGUGUUCAUCAGUUUCCACGGAGAUGAAUUGCGUGACAACUUCAUCAGAUAUCUUGUGUGGGGACUGAGAGACGAAAGACUCAACCUUUUCAUUGACAGAGGAGAAGCAAAUAGGAGAGAGAUACGAAACGUUUUCACAAAGAUCGAGGAUUCAAACAUCGCGGUCGUCAUCUUCUCCAAGAGGUAUAGAGAGUCAGAGAUGUGCUUGAACGAGCUUCAAAAGAUUCACGAACACGCUGAACAAAACAGACUCUUGGUGAUUCCUGUGUUCUACGAUGUGAGCAAGAGGGACGUGAAGAGCCUCGAGGGUGAAUUCGGCAAUCAUUUCAAGGAAAUGAGGGAGAAAUAUAAAAAUGACCCUCUUAAGAUCCUUACUUGGGAGGAUUCCUUGAGUUCAAUAGCUGACAGAACCGGUUUGACCUCAGAAGAACACGGAACGGGAUUAGGUCUUGUCAGAGAAAUAGUUAGCACGGUUAAAAGCAAGCUACUAAACUCCGCUGGAGGAAGAAGAAGACGAAGUAUGUCGAUCGGACUAGUGUUUGUUUUGGCUUCAACUGCGGUUUUCCUCUUUAUUCUCUUCAUAGCCCGUAAUUUUUGCGCUGAUGUGAGAAUUUACAAGGCUGUUAAGUGUUUGCUAGGUGUUCCGGUUUUGGUUGGUGUCUUGCACCAGCUUUAUCGUCUAUCAACACAUAACAGAUAAAUAGAUAAUAUCUCUUGAUCGAUCACCAACUCUAAUUAGUC